GAUUUAAAUAUCAUUAUCGUACCUCAUCAUCAAUCACUUUCUUCCUAUUACUUGACUUCAAGCUCUCGCACGUACUCUUACAUACACACAACCAGAACCUUCAACGCUCAUUUGAACUCGACAACCUCAUUCCUAAGAACGCUCUAUCUCCAACAUGCCUCAAUAUCAACCUCAAGCCGACACCUUUAAGGACCCUUCCAGCAAGGCUGAGGCCAAGCACCAGAUAGCAGAGCAGAAAUACGAGGAGAGGAAAGAGCACUCAAAGAGCGGUGCGAACACGCAGACGGGGCACCAUGCGAACAUUGUCAAGGAACCUAAGCAAGAUUGAAGAAUUAUCACUGGAGCAAUGAUCGUACACGUAAAAGCGGCGUUUUGUAUUUUUUCGGGCGAUCUAUUUUCUUCUUCCCGUCUCACAUCCGCUUACCACCUCGAAUACGUUUGUCGUCAAAUAUAAUCCAUCUUCACAUUCAA